GCGGACCUGUUGCACAAUCCGUGUCCGCCCCUCCGUGUGUCCGCCCCCCGCUCCUCUCUGCCCGCUCCGUGUAUUUAGCCCGUGCUCCUCUCCUCCAGCCUCCAUUCAGCCGCUCUCCACCCCGCUGUCCCCGCUGCUAAACCCGGACAACCAUGGCUGCUAACAGGGUCAUCGUGUACGGAGGGAGAGGGGCUCUGGGCUCCAGGAUCGUGCAGCAUUUCAGGUCCAAAGGCUGGUGGGUGGCUAGCGUCGAUAUGGCAGCAAACGAGGAAGCAGACGAGAAUGUCAUAGUGAAGAUGAGUGAGUCUUUUAUGGAGCAGGCUGGACAGGUGACCGCAGACGUGUCUCAGUUGCUGGGGGAACAGAAGGUGGAUGCCAUCUUGUGUGUGGCUGGAGGCUGGGCAGGAGGAAACUGCAGCUCCAAAGAUUUAUACAAGAACGCAGACCUGAUGUGGAAGCAGAGUGUGUGGACAUCCACCAUCUCCAGUCACUUGGCCGCUCUGCAUCUUAAACCAGGUGGACUGCUCACUCUGGCCGGCGCUAAAGCUGCUCUCUCAGGGACUGGAGGUAUGGUGGGUUAUGGAAUGGCCAAAGCUGCUGUCCAUCAGCUGUGUCAGAGCCUGGCAGCCAAAAACAGCGGGAUGCCAUCAGAAGCUACAGCUGUCGCAAUUCUACCGGUUACCUUGGAUACACCUAUGAACAGGAAGUUCAUGCCUAAAGCCGACUUCAGCUCGUGGACCCCACUAGAGUACAUCGCAGAAUUGUUCUUCAACUGGGCAACAGGGACGGACCGCCCGGCUUCAGGCAGCCUCAUGGAGCUGGUGACCUCGGCAGGUGAAACCCAGGCAAUGCCAGCCAAGUAGAACCAGGCAGAGAGAGAGAGAAAAGGACUGAAAGAGAGAGGGAGAGUAUUGACAAAGGGCACAGCUCAGACAGGAGUUGGGAGAGGGAGAAACAGAGGGGAGUGUGGUGGUAAGCACAGCUCCACAGCACCAUCUAGCUGUGGAAAAUGGUCCCUUCAAUUCAUGCCACAACCUAAAAGGGCCUGUACCUGAUUUUCUUUUAUUUUCGUCAAGAUAAAUCUACUUUACAUGAUCAAUUGUAUGGUGAAAGCUGCUGAAUAAGAUAUUAAUUGAGAAAAAUAAACCGUGAAAUAUUAGCUGUUCAUUUUUCAUAGCGUUUUCUUGGGUUACUAAUACAAAAGCUACUGACAUGGUCUUCUUUUUCAUCCAAUCAGGCACAUUGUUACUGAGAUUAAUGGGAAACCAACUAACACUAUCUCAGACACUUGUUUCUCUGUCAUAGUGGAGUAUUAUAGUGGUAGGAAAAACUACCUGAGUUGGGGUUAAAAUUCAAGUUUCUUGGCUCAUGGUUUGAAAUCAGGUAUAGGCCCUUUAACACUACAGUACAAAUUCAUGUUUUAUUUUCUGGUAUACUGUUGUCAUGACUGAAACACAACUGUGUUAUAUGCUUUAAUAAGUCUUAUUUAAAAAAAAAAAAAAAACUUUUUCAGAUACGAAUAUUUAGUUUCAUAUAUAUUUUCAGAUAUCCUCUAUUAGUAAAAAUUACAAUCAGGUUGGCUAUCAUGGUCCAUUGAUAGUAUCGUAGCUGGUAACUUUUGUGUUCUUAUGUCUAAUUUCAGAACGCUCAAGCAACUCACAACAUUGUACUGCUUUCCAUACUUUAAAGGGGCACUAUGUAACUUUUCUGGUGGGUUUGAAACGUGCAUAUCUUCAUGGAAAAUGUACUGCCUUGGCUAGAAUGUUCCACAGUAUCUAUCUUGGAUUUAUUCAGUUACAGGUGUUUUAAUUCCUUGAACAAAAAACCCAAACAUCUUGUCUUACUGUCUGAUUGUUUUUAUGGAGAAAGAUAAGAAAGAUACUUUGGAAUAUUCCAGAAAAAGCAAAAAGAUCUGUAUUAGCUUUGUCAGAUACUAAUCGAUACUAAAACUAAUAUCAAAAUUAGAUACUCAUUUGAGCAAGUAUUUAUACUAAAAAGUCACAAUCAUAGGGCUGAAAUUAACCUUUCCUAAAUAGCUUUUGAAUGGUGAUAUGAAAGAAAGUACUAUUAUUUAAUGUUGAGAAGCACAUCCUAUUGUCCAAAGAGUGUUUUUUUUAUCAUCAUUAUAGUAUGGGAAUUGGUAUUGAGUAUCGAAAUUGUGAAAUUUUAGUAUCACGGCUACUCUAACUCAUCAGAAAAGUUACGUUGUGCUGCUUUAAUUGUAGCUGACCUAUUCCUAUUAAUAACAUGGUUCUUGAAUCUUUUAGGCAAAGCUUGAUUUGCAUUGCAGAGUUGAGUGCAUUGCAGUGACUAAACCAAAUGUUGAAUCUUUGAUGUGUUAAAUGUCUACCAAUUGUCUGUAAAGUGCUGGCCAUACAGAAAACCAUUUGUCUGUACUCUUUUUGCUUGUGUUGUUUUCUCCUCCGUAACUUCACAACUUGUCGAAAUGCCGCUGUCUUCUCUCAAACGGACAAUUCUGGAAGCGGAGUGGCCUUAUAGUCUACCAAGUGUCCUUGUGUCCGAUGUCCUCUGUGGGUUUAUAUAUUGUAACUGUGUCAAAUUGAAAAUGAAUAAAGCCUAAGUGUGUGUUUGUA